UGCUGUUCUCGUCUUGAAUGAGUGCGUUUCUUCGGGUAAACCAAGGUAUCUGCAUGUGCGAUGAAAGCUGCAUGUACUUUUGCCGAAUCCUGUCUGCACAGACGGUCGGCUAGCAGAACUGUCGGGGGUGCCUAAAUCUCAAGACGGGAGGUGAAGAGAUACCAGCUGGUGAGUAACGCUCUGCUUGGAAGCGAGUGUAAGGAAUAUGGGGAAAAUAAGGUAUGUAUGUUGUUUUGUUAAAGCCGGGGGUGGUAGAUCUGGAAAUGUAAAUGUCGAAGGAAGUUGUCUUAGAACAUGCUUCCUUGGUCGUACUUGCAGGGAUACAUAGGCAAGUAUCCCAACAAACCUUAUCGCCCACUUUGCGGUUGGUCUUGCCAUUUCCUACAUCAAUCAUCUUUUUCGGGAAAACUACGGAGUAGCAGAUGAAUCACGACGGGGUCGACGCGGAGUCGAAACGCGGGUCAACCGGCGUUGCCCUGAGCAAAAUUAGGUCGAGUCGUCCCCAACACAGUUCCUCUACCACUCUUCCUGCCCGACCACCACGCACCUUAGUAACACCACCGAUGAUAAAACUCCGUCACCCUCUCAUCUUCCUUCCGCUCCUGCCCCCACUCUUGGCUCUCCUCCCCUCCAUUCUCCUUCUUUCGCUCGUGAGCACGCACAUAAUCCUCCCUCGUUCCCACCUCACUCUGCUUCUCUUCCACCUUCUGACUCCCACUUCCACUCCCACUUCCACUCCCACUCCCACUUCCACUCCCACUCCCACUUCCACUCCCACUCCCACUUCCACUCCCACUUCCACUUCCACUUCCACUCCCACUUCCACUUCCUCCCUCCUGCCUCUUCCCUGCUUCCGCUCCCCCUUUCACAUCAUAGUCUUCUUGCCAAGCCAUGCAGUAGCAGGACUUGGAGGAGCUCAUGGUGCGUGAUAUAGGAUCGGUGGGGCUUGGCUUCUUCCUCGAGGAUAGCGUUUUCUGGAUAACGAAUGACAGGAGAAGCUAGAAACCUGGGUGGUGGUUGCUGUGACUGUG